GAGCUGAUCGUAUGUCAUCAUUUGGUGAUUUUGUUGCAUUGUCUGACCAAUGUGAUGUCCCUACUGCCAAGAUUAUAUCCAGAGAGGUAUCUGAUGGCGUCAUUGCACCUGGAUAUGAUGAUGAAGCAUUACAAAUACUAUCAAAGAAGAAAGGUGGUAACUAUUGUGUACUCAAGAUGGAUCCUGAUUACAGCCCAGUAACCAUGGAAACUAGAACCUUGUUUGGAUUACAAAUGGAACAGAAAAGAAAUGAUGCUAUUAUUGAUAAAAAUAUGUUCACAAAUAUUGUGAGCAAGAACAAAGAUCUUCCUGAGGCAGCU